UUUUUUUUUUCGAUUUGUUUGACAAAACAGAGUGAUGAGAUGGAACAAGAAGAACGUUAUCAAUCUCGUCACAAAGCCCAGACAUCUCCCAGCGCCGAUCACUCCGGCGUCGCCGGAGAUUUACCGAUUACCUAAUCCUCCACCAAAACUCCCGGAGACCUCAAUUCCUCCGACUCUUACUCUCUCUCCAUCUCCCAAACACUCCAAUUUCGUCAAUUACCUCGAGAACAAUCUCCCUCACCACCAAACCCUAACUCCGCAAACUCUCCUCGGAUUCCUCCGUUCGAAACUCCGUCACCAUUCUCUCUUCACUCAUUAUGACUUCGCCGUCUUCAAUUGGGCAGCUACACUCGACACGUUCCGCCACGAUCACGAUUCUUUCCUCUGGAUGUCGAGAUCACUCGCCGCCACGCACCGUUUCGACGAUCUUCACCGUCUCCUCUCUUUCGUUGCGGCGAAUCCGUGUCCUUGUUCCUCAGGUAUCUUCUCUUGUCCAGAGCUCGAAUCUAUUUUCCGAUCCGCCAUUGAUGCGUACUGUAGAGCUGGGAAAAUGGAUUAUGCUUUGUUAGGGUUUGAUACUAUGAAGAGAUUGAUCGAUGGUAAACCAAAUGUUGCGGUUUAUAACACUGUUGUGAACGGUUAUGUGAGAUCUGGUGAUAUGGAUAAGGCUUUAAGGUUUUAUCAGAGGAUGGGGAAGGAAAGGGUAAAGCCAGAUGUAUGCACGUUUAACAUUCUCAUCAAUGGAUACGUCAGGAGUUUUAAGUUUGAUGUGGCAUUGGAUUUGUUCAGGGAGAUGAAGGAGAAAGGUUGUGAACCGAAUGUGGUUAGCUUCAACACUCUGAUUAGAGGGUUUUUGAGCAGGGGUAAUAUCGAGGAAGGUGUCAAAAUGGCUUAUGAGAUGAUUGAGCUAGGUUGUAGAUUCUCGGAAGCCACUUGUGAGAUUCUGGUUGAUGGGUUGUGUAGAGAAGGUCGGGUUGAUGAUGCUUGUGGAUUGGUGAUGGAUCUUUCGAACAAGAGGGUUUUACCGAGUGAGUUUGAUUACGGUAGUUUAGUUGAGAAACUCUGUGGAGAAAACAAGGUGGAUAGGGGAAUGGAGAUGGUGGAGGAGCUGUGGAAGAAAGGUCAAACCCCAUGUUUGAUUGCUUGUACUACACUUGUUGAAGGGUUGAGGAAAUCAGGAAGAACAGAGAAAGGAUCAGGGUUUAUGGAGAAGAUGAUGAAUGCAGGAGUACUUCCCGAUAGUGUGACCUUUAACUUGCUUCUUCGGGAUCUCUGCAGUUCUGGUCAUUCGAUUGGUGCAAACAGAUUGAGACUUUUGGCGUCAAGCAAAGGAUAUGAACUCGAUGAGACAACGUACAAUGUUUUGGUUUUGGGAUUCACGAAAGAAGGGAGAAAAAAGGAAGGAGAAGUUCUAGUGAACGAGAUGUUGGAUAAAGAUAUGCUGCCUGAUAUUUUUACAUAUAAUAGAUUGAUGGAUGGCUUGUCCCGCGCAGGCGGAAAAUUUUCAAGGAAGCAAGUCCGGAUGUUGUAACCUGUGUAAACUAGACCCAAGCUAUGUAUAUGAAAUGAAAACCAAGUUGGGUUCUUUAUAAUACAACUUCAAAGAAAAGAAGGUUCCUAGCUUUCCGUAGAUUCCACAAGAUCCAUGGAGCUAAGGGAGUCAAAGCUAAACCUGAUGGGGGGAAGGCUCACUAGGCGACUGGUUCCUUUAAGUAGCUGAUGAGUAGUGGUAAGCUAGGUGGAACCGUGAAAGGUGCUAGAUUCCAUACCUCUUUUGGAUAAUUUUGACCCAACAGAGAGUGAACCAACUGCAGCGUUCUGCAGAAAAUUCUUUACUUCAGAGACAAGUUUCAGUUGCCAAAUAACUCUGUGCCAUUCACAUGGUGCACUGUCACUCUUUGUUGUGAGACAUUUGUUGACUUUUAUGUACACGUUUGUCAACAUUUAAAUUAUGUUAACAUUGUUAAGAACGCAAGAUUUUUUGUUUAUUAAUUGAGUAUAGCGGA